UCUUAGAGCACUCACAAUUCUCAUAUCAUUUCCAAACUAAAAGCAAAGAUAGCCAAAAAUCACCAUUCUGCUUUAUAUUCAAAAAAUGAAAGUGAACGUUUCAUGUUGCUUCAAAUUCAAGCCUUUCAAUCCAUGCAAGAAAAUACUAAAGCUGUUCAAGUUCAAACUAAGAAAGCCCCUCUUUAUAAGAAGGCUUAGAUUUCGACCUUCAAAAUGUGAAAGAAAUACAAGCACAAGUAAUAGAAAGCAAGCUUCAGAAGUUGUGUCAGUGUUUCGUUCAAUAAGAAGACAACCAAGAGAGGAGGACCAAGUCAUGGAGCUCAAGAAUUUCUGUGAUGCAGGACAUAUAAAAGCACCAAUGCCCUCACCAAUAACUCCAGCUUAUGUGAGAUUGAGUGGAGCUACUAAAAGAGAAGAACUACUCAUUCAAAAUGAUGUGGAAGAUGCAUGCAGAAGUUUUGAGAAUUAUCUGGUUGAAAUGAUUGCUGAAGAGGGGAAAAUGAGUGAUUUAAUGGAUGUGGAAGAAUUGCUAUACUGUUGGAAGAAUCUGAAAAGCCCUGUCUUUAUUGACUUGGUGUGCAGAUUUUAUGGUGAGCUAUGCAAAGAUUUGUUUUCCAAUAUAAGCUGUGAAGAUGAAAUCAACACCCCAAAGAGAUUCAUGAAAUGAAAUUUGCUAAUUAUCUUAUAGUCUUGAGCAUUAUGCCUUUAUAUUUUACUGCAUUUUCUCUCUAUAAGACAAUUG